CACUGAUCAGAUUCUGUCUUUCAAUAAUGAUUUCAAGAAGCAUACUUUGAACGCUGUCCUCCACUAUAUUUGGUGACUGAAGGAUUUCAGCCAACAUCACUUCAGAGAUGUCUCAGGAACACUGUUCGCAGAACCAUCGAUACCUCUCAAACUGCAUGAACUUGGACUCAUUUCUGGUAAUUGUCAUGUUGAUCACAUACUUGGAGCAAUGCAGUACAACACAAUUACAAAACAGUACUGCUGCUGGACGAGAGUGCUGGUUUAAUUGGACGAAAAUAGUCGAUGGACAGACCCAUGGUUUGGAAACCCCAUGCGUAGGUCUGAAUUGCACCAAUGGUACUUUGACACUUAUAGACUGCAACACCACAAAGCCAGAAAGAGAGGAUGGUUGCGAGCGUGAACGUCACAGUGGAACUUAUCCAGAGUGCUGCAAGUGGGUGCGAGCAUGCUAGUUACAGCCGAGAAGCUCUUGGAGGUAAUUUAAAGCGGUCAUGCUGUGUUCUUUCUACAGCAGUAAUGUACCUAAUAAAGUGUACUAGCACUGCUUUGAAGCUCCCCAUUAAUGAGAGCCGAGAGCAUUCAUUUUAGAGCAAAAUACCUUGAAAAUAUGAUACCUUGGUCAAAAAAUUUUCAGAGUGGUAU